AUUAUAAAUCCCAAAUCUAGUUCCAGUUCAUACAGUAGGACACUAUUUAACAUUAUUAUUUCUCUUUCUUCCUUUACAGACUUCUUCAAACAACUGCUCACCGAAUCCAAGGCUGAGUUCCACGCAAUGUUCAAAAGAACUUACGGAACGAUCUACGAACAGAACGCGUACGUUUUUGCCGACCUGUUUACCGAGUUGGAGCGGUAUUACGCCAACGGCAAGGUGGACCUCGGAGAGGCGAUGGAUUCAUUCUUCAACGUGCUGUACCAAAAGAUGUUCACCGUCCUAAACUCGCAGUAUUCGUUCAACACAAAAUACCUGGGAUGCGUCAGUGAGCACAUGAAAGAACUGAAACCAUUCGGCGAUGUGCCCGAUAAGCUCUCGGUGCAGAUCAAACGGUCCUUCGUGGCGACACGUACCUUUGCCCAAGCGCUCAACUCAGCUGCCGAAGUAGCCAAGAAUAUGGGCAAUGUACGGUUAACAGCUGAGUGCACGGCAGCGUUGACAAAAAUGAGCACAUGUAAUACUUGCGCGGGGUUUCUGGAGAAGCCCUGCUCGUCCUACUGCGUGAACGUGAUGAAGGGCUGUCUGCAGAACUAUCUGGAACUGGACGCCGAGUGGGACUCGUUCGUGGCCACGAUGGAGCGGGUGUCCGACCGGCUGCUGGGUCCGUUCAACAUCGUGAUGGUCGUCGAACCGAUCAACAUCAAAAUCUCCGAGGCCAUAAUGAAUUUUCAGGAAACCGGCCAAGACAUUUCCAACCGCGUAUUCCAGGGCUGUGGCAAGCCAGCCCUCGGUCGCCGAAGGAGAUCAACGAAUCUAGUGCCACUGGUCGAACCAGAGCUGAUUAGAAACCGACGAGAUCUGCGAAGCGAAAUUAAAGAAGACGACAGCGAUAUUUUCAUCUUUGACGACGAAACUGCCCCCAGCGAAAGGCAACUAACGAAACGGUCCGCUCAGGAUUCGUCCAGUCGGGAACUGAAGUACGAACCGGUUCAGUUUUCCAACGGAGAAAUCCAGUUUACCAACAACAAUAGUCCACCUAGUCAUCACCAGGCGCCGAGCAACAAUGCCGCCAACUCGAACCGCAGUACCAACAAGAGGAAAAACAACCGGAAGCAAACGGACGACGAGGAUAGCAAUCGGGAACCGAUCGACAGGCUCGUCAAGGAUAUCCGCCAGCGGGUGAAGGACUCCAAACGGUUUUGGUCCAAUUUGCCGUACAUGCUGUGCAGCAACGAGGAAGUCGCUGCAUCGCCCAGUAGCGAAAGUAACUGCUGGAACGGACACACCGUUGACCGAUAUCUGCAUGGGAUUGCUUCCGAGUCGGAGAAAAAUGCCGAAUUUCCGAAUCGGUCGGCCAGCAACAGGCAAAGCGCUAUUGUGCAGCAGCAGUUGUUUACGCUACGCACGGCCAUCAGCCAACUGAGGAAUGCCUACAAUGGGCACGACGUCGAGUGGACGGAUCAAGAAGACAACUACUACGGCAGUGGGUCCGGCGGCGGAAGUGGAUUCGACGAAGACGACGACGCCGGCUCCGGUUUGGGUCCCUGGGAGGUGGAGGAACGCCACCCCCAUCGGCCGGACAUGCCCGACUAUCCGAUUGGGGGCGUAGUGUCGAAAAGUGAUACCAGCGGUGCCGGUAGCACCAGCAGUGGUGGCAUUAACGAAUUUGACCACACCGGUCACAAAACUGUUCCCUCGGUGGAGGGUGGCGGCAGUAGCAGCAGUAGCGGAGGCACAUCGUCUACCGCCGGCAGUGGUGCCACCUCGCGAACUCCAGAAAUGUCCAUUACGCGAGCGCUGCUGCAGUUCUUCCUGCCCCUGGUGAUUGCGUGGUUCGGCGGACUCUUCGCCGAUUUGCUGUGAUUUGAUCAAUAAGUAGCUGUGUAUUGUGUAUAUUUGUAACCUUAUUGGUUCUCUUUUUAACUUAUACCGACCAUCCGAGAACGAUUUUUUGUAUGAUAGGCGGAAUGUGAGAUUCUAGUUCUGCCAUGCGAAUGCGCAUGUCCAGAAGAACAGAUGUGAAUAUAUAUUUAUAGGUAGCCUCUUUUUUAAUUUUCCAAUACAACAUGUGUUUGUUGCUGUACACAAAAACAAACAAGAUUCAAUGUGAUGAGAUUUGGUUUUAAGGCAGUCGAACGCGAUGCAUUUCCAGUCAAUCCCAAUGUACGUAACAAAUCUUCUGAAAAAGUUUUUUAUAAAUUUCAUGAUUUCAGUAACUGCAGUACCGAGAUGCACAUCUGUAUCCUUUGUCGUUUAUCUUAUGUAUGUGUUAGUAGUCAUAUUAAGCAAAUGCUAAAGCCUUCCUUUCCAUAGCUACUUAAUUUAGAAGAAUAAGAUUGUGAUGCAUUUGAUUUCGACAAGGAAGCAAUAGAUCUACCGACGAACAAUCAUAACGGUGAAAUACUUAAUAACCCAUAGUUUGUACUGAACUUUUGAAAGUUGGAGAUUUGCACUCUAUCGUCGACAUCUUGCAGGAUGAAGAUGUUUAACAUGUUGAAUCGCAAAAUCCAAGGCCACGUCGAGGCAUUUUCAAGAUAUUCCAGGUCAGUCAAAUGAUACAAUUAUUGCAUUUGCUAAAUUUGUCCCUCCACUGACACUACUCUUCCACUGAUGCGAAGGAAGGGGUAUAUGCGAUUUCAUUAUUAAUAUAUUUAGGCCUUAUUACCACUCUAGUCAAAUUAUAAAUAGUUUACGAGACCGUCUUCCUUCGCUGAACACGCACCGACACAUAUAUGGCAUCUGUUACAUACCACACCAGAAAGCAUACCGAGCAUUUUUAUCAAAAUGGUACUGCGUGAUAUCGAUUCCCUCUACUGCCUACCGGUUGGAACCAACUUCCAUGUGACUGCCCUAGAUGUUUUACUUUGCCAACAUAGAUCCACUAGGUAACGCUUUACGUACAGUUAACGAUCCUUGUAAAUAUUACUUUUGUAGGACCUUUUAGCUAGUGUAUGGAAAUAUAGACGUGACUGGAGUGAACGGGGACGAGUAACUGAUCAACACAUGUUAGGCAUAUUUAUUAACUCUUUUCCCCUGAUCUAAAACGAUAUAUGUAAUUUAAUUUAUAUAGUAAAAUAUGUUUAAUUAGCGCUAGAUAUUUCUCCAAAAGAAAGCGGCCGCAUACGCUCGCAGGGGCGAAAUGCACUCCUUCCAGCUAACAAAAUCUCAAAUCUAGAAUGAGCAAUAAUAUCUAGUUUUCAAGCAGAAAGAAACUAACUCUGUUGUUGGAACUCAUUUCCUUGUGACACGUCAGUAAGAAAUACAGGGGUUUUCUAGUAUUAUAAGAUAGAAUGUGUAAUGCGCACAAACAGAAAAGAAAAAAAAUCACAACAACAGUCCAGCCAUAGACCUCUAUGCGCAACACCGAGCGAAACAGUAUUUGUGACAAAACAGUAAAAGAAAAUCUACUUACAAAGCCCAGUAAACGCCGUCUCCGCCUUCCUUAUGGUGAGAUGUGAACGAUUGUCCUUAUAUAUUUAAUGUGUGGAAACGCCACCUACUGCAGACCACAACCCACAACCAAUCAAUAAUCUUUCUCAAAACCAUUAGCAAAAAAAAAAUGAAAAUCAUUUGGAUCGACACCGUUGUGCAGCACAGGAGCGAAAACCUUACGCCUAAAAACAAAUCAGUAGCAUGAUCAGACUAUUGUCCCGCAGCAUUUCUACACUUUGAUGUCCAUCAGUGAAAACACAAAUGGCAUGGUGAUACCUAACGUAGAAUAUUGAAUUUAAAAUUAAAUGAAAAAUUGAAGAGUAUUGACUAUAUGGAAAUAUAUACGAAGAACAAAUAAUAAAAAAUAUCAAUUUGUAAAAAAA